CUCCUUUUCACUUUAUAUUCCUCUGCUUUUUGCUCCUUCUCUUGUUCUUUCCUUUCUUUCUCUCUUUCUAAAACUCAUUCUGUUUUCCAAUUGCCUCUCUGUCUUUCUGGGCAAACAUACACCUUUACUUUUAGUUUUGUUUAGUGUCUGUGUUUACCCAAAGAAUUAAAAAAACCUUCGACCCUAAUUUACUUCAAUUUUAUUCUCUGGUUACAUCGAUCAAUCUCCUUGACUAUUCCAAGUGAUUUAAUUGCAAUUUUGUGUUCAUUCAUUGUAUCGUAACUGUAAAGGGAAAAGACAUUCGAAAGACUAUCAUCAUAAUAAUUUCCAUAGGAAAAUCCGACAACAAGUAAUCACCAGCAACACUUUCGACGUGGUAUCUUUUCUCGAUUGAUGUUUGUACUCUAGUGAAUUGAACAUCAGUGAUUCUCAGUUACUGUGCAAAUUAUUGUUCCAUGAAGACAAUUGUUUUUUAUUGUUACAAUUUUUUCCUCGAACGGUGUAAUAUUACAAUUCUGUGAUUGGUGAAGGUGCUUAGAGGUGUAUUUCUUUUCAAACACUAAUGUUAACCAUUAUUUGCGGUAUCAGAAUGGUUUAUCAACCAAAUUGGAAUUGAAUAGAGAAAUAAAGGAAUAGACAGACAAGACAAGGAAUACAUGAUAAAGAAGAAAAUAAAUGAUUUGAAAUAUGGAAAAAAAGAUGAGAUUGGAGUAUAAACAAGUCGUUUUUGUUGUGCCGAUUUAGUUUUACUUGAUAUCACCAUCAAUUCAUCAUUUAUCCCUUUACAUCCACUUUUUUCACAAUUUAUUUCAUCUAUUGUUUAUAUUGUAGUGUUUGUGCUGUAUUUUCUAGUGUCGUUCUUUUGUGAUUGUUUCCUUACUGCCGGAUUUUAUAACGUUUCAAGGAUAAUUUGGUGACAGUGAAACGCUAGAAGAAAGCCUUUAAUUUGGGCUUUCUUUUUUUAGCGAACCAAAAGGUAGAAGAUAAACAACGAAAGAUGGAUAAAAUGAAGAGAGGUGGAUUCUUUCGUGGUAUGCUUGAUAAUUGGAGGUAUUCGUCUUCAUCUAUGGGCUCUCAAUCAGGUUCAGCUCAUCAUUCAUCUCGUGAUGACUCAAAAUCAACCUCCAAAUCCGAUUCUCCAUUAGCUGAUUUUGAAGAUAAUCUUAGAUCUGAACAUUUUCUUCUUAGUGAGAUUGUUCGACAUGGUUUUCCGCAUAACCCUACUUGCGUGGCCUUUGAUCCGAUUCAACGUUUAAUUGCAAUUGGCACUAGAAACGGUUGUUUAAGAAUAAUAGGUCGACCUGGAGUGGACAUUAAUGUUCAACAUGUCGGACAAUUUGCUGUUAUCCAGAUAAUUUUUAUAGUCAAUGAGGGUAACUUGAUUACUUUGUGUGCCGAUGAUUCAAUUCAUCUCUGGUCUAUCAAGACUAAAACCCCAUCAAUAGUUCACAUUCUUAAAUUUCAACGUGAAAGAAUCACCUUUGCCCAUCUUCCAUACUCAUCUAAAUGGUUGUACGUUGGAACGGAAAGAGGAAACGUUCAUGUAGUUAAUAUAGAAACUUUUCAAUUAUCUGGUUAUGUGAUUAAUUGGAACAAAACAAUCGAAUUAUCUCGUAAAACUCACCCAGGAUCCGUGAUACACCUUUCAGACUGCCCAAUAGAUCCAAGCAAAUUAUUAAUUGGUUAUGAAUCGGGAACAAUUGUUCUCUGGGAUUUACGUUCCAAAACCGCUGAUACUCGAGUAAAUUACAACGAACCCUUGAGAAGUAUUUCAUGGCAUCACGAGGGAAGACAAUAUCUAUGUAGCCAUACCGAUGGAUCGAUAACCACUUGGAAUGUAAAGGCUCCUCGACCUGUCUCAGUGACACUGCCCCAUGCCAAACAAAUAACCAAAGAUCUGAAACCAGAGCCAUGUCGUCCCAUUUACAAGGUUGAAUGGAAAACAGUUAGAGACAGUGAUUCAUUCAUCAUUUUCUCCGGAGGAUUACCUUACAGUUCCUCUGAAACUAAAUCUUCUUCCAUCUCAUCAUCAUCUGGAACAGUAACAUCAACACCAGCCAGCGCAUCAACAUCAACCAGCAAUAGAGACAAUACUCUAGUUUCAGCAUCUUCAGGUUCAACCUCAAGUGAUUCAGGAUCCGAGUCAAAGGCUAAAGUUGAAUCAAGCAAAUCCGAUUCCAUUGCCAGUGGUACUCAAAGUCUUACAGUUAUCCACGGAAAGACAACCACGGUUCUCGAAAUGGAGCAUAAUAUCAUUGACUUUAUCACACUUUCAACGGGAACCUGUCCUGCCGAACCCAGUGAUCCAUACGCUAUUCUUGUUCUCCUUUCCAGUGAUCUGGUUGUCGUUGAUCUUACCAGCACUGGUUACCCAUGUUUCCGUAAUCCUUACACAAUGGAUCUUCACGAAUCACCAAUAACUUUUUGCGCCUACUUUGCCGAUUGUCCAACGGACCUUAUACCUGCCUUUUACUCGGUUGGGUUCAAAACAAAUCCCAAAAGACCCGGUAUCUCUGAAAAAGAGUGGCCAGUUAAUGGAGGUGAAUGGGGAACUGCUACACCAAGUUAUCCAGAAAUCAUAAUCACUGGACAUGCUGAUGGUACAGUGAAAUUUUGGGACACAUCUUCAGUUAAUUUGCACAUUCUUUAUAAAAUGAAGACUUCCAAAUUGUUUCAAAAACCUCGAAGUCGACCAAACGAUCCUGGAGGCGAGUCGGCAGAGUCAACUGAAGAUCCUUUUGCAAUCGAUCAGAUUGCCUUUUGUCCUGAAAGUCGUCUUCUUUGUGUGGCUGGAGCCAGUUCCCAUGUUAUGGUCUUUAAAUUCAGCAAACACGAAUCACACUCAGAUACACCGGUUAUCGAAGUGAUAAUGAAUUAUGAAUCUUCAACUAGUCAUGAUGAUGAAUCUGGUGAUCCAGAAGUGACUACUCAAGGAAUUGGUGGCUUACUUCGACCUCAAAGCUCCAAUGAAGACGGAAACUCAUCACGCAACACUUUUUACCCUUUACUGGUUCGUUCAGGUCAGCACAAAAGAGCUCCUGGAUUUCAACCUGAACUGGUGUGCCUUACUCCCUGGAUUGAUGAUAACACUCCUCCUUACAAAAUAAACUCGCUUGCUGUUAACUCUUCCUACUCUCUAGUCGCUUACGGUAGUGAAAAUGGUUUAAUUAUUGUUGAUUUAAUUCAAAAAUCUUUGGUUCUCAAUAUUGCAACUGUAGACCUUUAUGCUACAGAAUUGAGAGAAUCUAAUUGGUUAAAAAAAUCUGAAAAACUUCGUUUCAAGAACUUGGUUUCUCCAUUGGUGGCUGCUUCUCAAACCCUUAUAUCAGUAGCCAAACAAUAUCGAGAUAAAAUUGAUAACUCUUUUUCCCGCUCAAGAAGUUCAAGUGUCUCAAGCUUGGAUAACAUUUCCAGUGAACCCAUACAGUGCCUAACAUUUGCUGAAUCGUAUACAACUAAAUCAGAAUCAUCAUAUGGACCAUGUUUAUGGGUUGGAACCAGUCAAGGAUCAGCUUUAUCUGUAACUAUUACUCUUCCUGAGACCAAUGAUAAUCGUGUUUUGUGCUUACAAUCAGUCCUUGCUGUUUCCAGUGGCAAUGUCUUCAGACUCAAGGGAUCAAUUUUGUGUAUAUCAUUUUUAGAUUAUUCUGGAACUAUUGCAGGUCUAGCCGAGCACUCUAAGGAUUCCAAAACAGCCACUCCAACCGGUAGUAAAGGAAACUCUAGCGGUAUAGGUAAUGCUUCUAAUGCGGCUUCUGCAAUGACCAGCUCUGGACUUGAAGAUAAACGAUCUGGUUCCUUGACUAUAUCACGUUCUUCUAGUUCAGGUGCUGGAAAUUUCAACAGUAGUCGUAGUAAAGUGUCGCCCACAUCAUCUUCAACUGACAUGAAAGAUUCACAAUUUGUAGUAAUAGUAUCCGAGAAGCAAGCGCGAACCAUUAGUCUACCAAGUCAAGUGUACAUUGCCAAAGCAGAGCUUUCGGAAACCUCAUUCACUAUUCGGGCAGAUGUUAUUCAAAUGAAGUUUUCAGAAAAUGGAAACAGCAUGUGUUUGGUAACAUACCUUGCUACCGGAAAUAUUGUUGUUUACAGCCUUCCUAGUCUCAAGCAGUUAAUUGAUAUAGAUUUUCCUUCUGUUAAUGUUAGAAUUGCAAGAACAAUUUCAUUUAGUACCAAUGGACAUGGAAUGUAUUUAACCUCACCUUCGGAGAUUCAAAAGUUUACCAUUGCAUCCUCCUUGAAAGAUAUUAUUCCAGAUAUGCUUGGUAACCUUUAUGUUUUCAAAGAGAUGCCUGAACCACCUAAACAAUCAUUUUUCAAAGGUCUAUUCAGUGGUGGACCAAGUAUUCUAGAUCGAGAAGAAUUAUUUGGUGAAGCUCAAUCUGGUAAAGGCUCUAAAGUGGUUGCCAAACAUAUUCCUGGCUCUCAAUCUGCUUUGGAUCAUGCAAAAUUACAAUCUGGUUCACUUGCUGCUGAAUUAGCUAAAGCAAGAAUGGGAUUGACGGAGAGAGGUGAAAAUCUUGAAAGAUUGGAAGAAAAGACAGCCCGAAUGAUGGAUGAAUCUGAAGGUUUCCGAAAUUUAUCACGUCAAUUGUUGAACAAGUAUGAAAACAAGAAAUGGUAUCAAUUCUGAUUGGACUCAUCGAGAUUAUGAUGAUGAUGCUUUCCAAGAAUCACAAUGGUUCCAAUGAUGCCUCCAACCUCAACAGGAACAUCUGUAAUCCAUGCAACAAAAGCUGAAUGUCAACCUGUUUCAAACUUCGCACACUCAACAUUUUUUUACUUUUGGAUUCAACGUUUCAUUUUGGCUGACUUUUUCCCUUUCCCCUUCUUUUGUCCAUUUUAAUGAUAAAGAAAGUUUUUGGACACCAAUUGUUGAUGAUAUACAACAAUAAUAAUGAUUACCGUAAACAGAGUUACAUGAAUUUCUGAAGCAUUAUGCAUUGUAUCUAUGGAAGCAUUACACUGAAAGCGAUCAAUACUUUGUAAAGCUCUGCUAAUAUUCAAUAGAUGGAUAUUUCGAGUUGCAAGUAACAUUUGUUGGUCCUUUUUUGUAUAUAAAUACAGAGUUAAUUAGUGGAUUUAUUCAUUGUUAACAAAUGAGGCUAAAAGUUGUAGUAAUUAUUGAUAUUUAUAUGUAAGGAGAAAACAAAAACAGAAUCAUUAUUGUUGCUUUUAAUUGUCAAUCUCAAUUAUUUCUUUGUCUUUUCUUCCCUCCUUGUAUUAAUCUUUCAUCGGUAGGCUUAAUGUGAUAUUACAAGGUUAAGACAAUUGCUAUUAUAAUUUAUUCAUUGUCAAUUGCAAUCAAGUUUAAUCCUUUAUCCAUUAGCUUCUGCUAUCCUUUUCUUACCAACAAUUCUCAACACGUACAAUUAAGCGAUAUUUUCACUCAUCAUCAUCAUUCUCGCCAAGAUAAUCAUCUUCAGUUGGAGCCAAGGAAAAAAAGCUACAACCAAAUGGAAGCACAAUUGGCUUGAACAAUUUGAUAUCAUUAUCCAAUGAAAACCAUACAAAGAAACCAAUGUCAAGAUUAAUCAUCAUCGCCAUCUGAACCACCUUUUUCAGUGAAUCAAGGGAAAAGCAAAGAAUCUAAAGGAAAGUUCUGAAAGCCACAAGAGAAAUUCAAAAAAAGCUUUGGAAAAGGAAAAGAUUGCAAGAAAAAAACAUGUUCUAUUUGAAAAACAUUAUGUAAAUUGUAUUUAAAAUACGAUCAUCUUAGCUGUUGCGUUGUUUUUUCCCUGCCUAUUCUUUUCCAAUUUCAUCAGAUAAUUGGUUGAAAUGCAAAACUGAUUGAUUGAUUACUGACAACAAUCAACACGAACAAACAAAAACAACCAAAUCAAUUGCCACAAACGGCUUUGACUCUUUUACAUGAACCUUUUUCGUUUUUCCCUGUUAUCCUCAUUUCAUAUUUAUAACUAUUAUUUAUAACUAUACUUUGAUUAUAUUAAUUGCUAUUAUAAUCUUAUUUGUUAAUCCUUUCUCUCUUUUACCCGAUUCCUAAAAAAAACUCAACAAUGUUGUCUCAUCAUUCCUUAUUAUCCCAUUUUGGUUUACAUUGUAUCAUAAUUACCAACUCUUUGUUACUUACCUCUUAAUAUUUUAUUGUUUUUCAUCACUUUUACCAUUUUUAUCAUCAUCCUCGUCAGAAAUAUCAUCACUAGUAUCAUUGUAAUCAUUAUUUUCAUCUCAUCAUCUGUUUACAUAGAUAAUUAUUUAUUAUUUACUUUUGAUUAUGACGAUGAUCAUUGACCAGUUCCUUCAAUUAUAAACCUCUUCCGAUCUCAUCCUCAAUUGCUUGUCAAUUUUAAUUACCUAAAGUGACUUUUCUCCACAGAAUCAUACAGAUCAGGAUCUCUCUUCUAGAUAAUAUGAACAUUUAAAAACUCACCUUCGUACUUAUCGAGGUUAAUUGAUACAAAACGAUUAAUAUAAAUGACUAUAGAUCAUCAAGAGUGACUUGUAAAAUUAAUGAAAACAUAAAAUGAACUAAAUCUGAAUGCAAUUUAUAAUAUAUAUGUAAAUAUAAAUAUCAACAUAACAAAACAAAAAGCCAAUAAUUAGGGGAAAAAAGUACAAUUAAGAAAAUACUAACAACUUAAGUGAUGUUGAAUGGUAAUUUAAUUGAAACAAUUCAAUUAAAUUGUCAUCAAAAAGCAAAAACUAGUUGGAAAUUAUGAAAAGAGUAUUAUGAUUAUUAUUAUUCUUAUGUAUACUUAUAAUUGUUGUCGUUGCUUCUUUUGUUUUGUUUAGAGAAUCAAAUUAAAUAACAUUUUUGGACUAUCAA